GGCCUUGUCAAAUGGGAAAGUUUCGAACUCAACGAUUGAUUACCGCUAAAAAAUGUCCUGGACAAGCGGGCACGGGCCAACCCGGCUGGCAAAAUGUUCUGUAUGGCAAGCGUCGGGAUUGGACUGAAUCAAAGUACAAAGAAUGACUCGAUUCUUCUCGAACUGUGUUGAAACUGAUCGAAGUAAUGCAGCCGUUAUUGUCAAGUACAAGGAGGAUACCGACAUUUCGAUGGAUUUGUCAUUCUUGCCGUGGCUUUACCAAGGAGGCAAAACCUAGAGAGUACACUUCUCUAUCAUCAGCCUCGCAUGCACUCCGCAAUGAAGGUCCGGCCAGGACCAGAUUCGCCCCUUCACCAACCGGAUAUCUGCAUUUAGGGUCAUUAAGGACUGCUCUCUUCAACUAUCUGGUGGCAAAAGCUACAGGAGGACAAUUUCUCUUGCGGAUCGAGGAUACUGAUCAGAAAAGGACAAUACCUGAUGCUGAAGCAAGGCUUUUUGAAGAUCUUGAAUGGGCGGGCAUCGAAUGGGAUGAAGGUCCCAAAAUAGGGGGCCCAUUUGGGCCUUAUAACCAAUCUCAAAGAACAGCAUUGUACCGCGAACAUGCGGAGAAGUUACUGGAAUCUGGCAAUGCGUAUCGAUGUUUCUGCACACCAGAGCGAUUGUUUGCCUUGGCACAGCAUCGGGCUAAGCUGGGUCUCCCACCAGAUUAUGAUAGAGCAUGUACACACGUUCCCAGAGAAGAAUCAGAUGACCGAGCAUCUAAAGGAGAAUCCCAUGUUAUCAGGCUGAAAGUUCCGGACAAGUAUCCAGUAUAUAAUGACUUAGUUUACGGUCUUGUCCGCCAGAGAGGCGACUUCACAUCCAUUCCUCGAUCUCAGGGCAAGGGUCUUGGAGCUUUCGGGUCAUAUGACGAUCCCAUCCUACUGAAAUCGGAUGGUUUCCCUACAUAUCACCUUGCCAAUGUUGUGGAUGAUCAUCUCAUGGAGAUCACCCAUGUUAUCAGAGGCUCUGAAUGGAUGUCAUCUACCCCAAAACAUCUAGCAAUGUACCAAGCAUUCGGAUGGGAACCUCCAGCAUUCGCACACGUCGGCCUACUCCUCGACAAGAACAAACAGAAGCUCAGUAAAAGAACUGGCUCCAUAGAUAUCUCCUCCUAUCGUGAGCUCGGCAUCUUUCCAGAAACGCUCACCAACUUUGUAGCUCUCCUCGGCUGGUCUCAUAACGUAGGUCGAGAUAUCAUGAGUAUGAAGGAUCUCAUCAGGAACGCCAGCAUGAAAUACACUCGGGGCGACUCAAUCGUCGGGUUCGAAAAACUCGACUUCCUCCAGAAACGCCACGCUGCUCGCUAUGCUUCCAUGCCCGAGGAAUCAGAUAAUUUUCUUCAUUCCCUAAGGCACCUGGCUGUGAAACCAAUCGUCAAACUGCUGGACGAGCGUCUCACCAAGCAAGAUCUCCCGGUAUACAGCACCUAUCCUGCAGGCGAAGCUCGUGAAGACUUCAUCUCAUCCAUCCUCCACAUCGACGCCCAGAACUACACCAAUCCGAGUGAUUACAUCGAACGCAACACACAUUUCUUCAUCGCACCCACCCUUUCCGAAAUUAGCGUCUCGAUCCCCAGUUUCAAGCUUCACAAAGUCCCAGCCGGAAUCCCGUAUGUUCCUGAACCAGAAACGAUGAUGCUAUUCCAAGGUAUAGUGGAGAUCACAGACGAUGAUUGGAGAAGCGAGGUCAUUCGUGACAGAAUAUCGUGGAUUAUCAAGCAGGGUGCGGAAUUCAGUCUUGCGGCUUUGAACGAGGAGCGUGGUAGUGAAGCGAUAGGGAUGACGGAGGAGCUGGAUAAGGUCAUGAGUAAGGCUUGGACGAAGCUGGUGCAUGGUUAUUUAAGAUGGGCUGUUGCUGCUGGGAAACCUGGGCCCGAUGGGGCGGAGAUGAUGAGUAUUCUGGGGAGGAGAGAGACGGUCAGCAGGUUGCAGCUUGCGGAGGGGCUGAUGAUGAGGCAGUUUACGAAGGAGAAGGCUGGGGAGGAGGGACAGGAGGAAACAGCGAAUUGGGUGUGAGGAUGUGUUGUACAAAUAUGUGACUAGAAAAUGUAGGUAUAAGCUCAAGGCAGGAGCACUUCAUUUGAUGUAUACUAGAUUAGAGACAAGCAUUUCUUGCUCCUACUGGAUACAUCUCGUGUGGUGACUAUCACGUACUCGAUGUUUUCAAAAAAGUUCCACAUAUUCGCUGCAGCCAUGCUUCAUUCCCACGUCAGAUCUUUGGUCUAAGCUAGAAGCCACAAUCAUGAUUCAUCAUACCCGCUUCAACGCCAUUUUCAGUCAGUUCAUACGCCCAGAAAUGCUCAUCAGAAUCUAAGUCAUCUCCAGCCGCCACAUCUGAGAUCUGCAAAAAAUCAUUAACUGCCCUCUACGACUCAGCCGCUGCAACCUUGGUUUCUGGAGCAGGCUCAACUUUCGCAACAUGACCUAGCCCGUUGAAAAGUUUCGCCUUGACCUCUCCCGCCAUCAGACCCGUGACUUCCUCCCCAGCAAUCUUGUUGCUAUCCCUAACCACCUUCUCCAGCUGCUGGUCCGUAGCCCUGUUCGGCAUCGACGUCAUUUGUCGGCCAGUUCUCGAAAUGGCGGCGCCUGCCUGUCUGAUCUUGGAACUCAGGUCAAGCAUCUGCUUACUGCUAUACUCGCGGUUGGUGAAGAGCGGGCUCUGGCUUAGCGUCUGUACCCAGUACUUGUUCCAUAGAAGCUCCAAUAGAUGGGUAUCCAGCGAACUCUUGAAAUGCGAAACCUCCAACGAAUAAUAUCUGCUUGCAUGAGCACCGAAGUCUUCAGCCUUUGCCAGCGGGAUGGUCUGGUAUCCGUCAUCUGCCCCCGAGCCGAUCGGCUUGUAGUUCUCUGGGUAUGUUCUGAAAGCACCGAUUUCGACCUUCCCAGCGGAGAUAGUUCGAUCGGGAUCAAUGACCACGGCAAGGAAAGGGUCAGAAAAGGUCUGCUGAGUGGCUUGUGUGCUAACAUCAAUACCCGACAGCCAGCAGCCAUAACCAGGGUGACUAUGAUACCAUCCCACAGCGUUCUCCAGCUUGCCUUGAUCCCGGCAAGCUUGAAGAUAUCCGACCAUAUAUUCGUUUGCUUCGUCCUGGGCGUUAACUCUUGUUUCGGUGCCUUCAACCGGUAAUCUGAAAGCAUCUGUGACGAUGAUCGUAUCUCCUGCAAUCUUUCCUUGCAUCAAGCCCAUGACUUCGAUACUACCCCCAGACCGUGCAUGCAUCACCAUCUUCAGGAGAGCCACAGCUGAGAUUCGGACAUUCUUGAAGUGGUGGGGGUCGGUCUUCCAUGGUUUGGCAUCACCUAGGGCUUUCUGCUCGGCGGAAUCAUAGGUAUAGAGGUUAUCUCGAUGGGGAUCGACAAGUUCGACGUUGUUAUCGAGCUCCCAUGUUUUGCGCGCAGUAUCCAUGACGUAGAUCAGGCA